GUGGAAGUCCGUGGCGGAGUCAUGCGGCUGACUUGUGGAGGUCCACGCCGUGCCGCGCAGUGAGCACGCGCGAGGUUGGCCCACAUGCUGCGGCUGGGCCUCGUCGCGCCGUAUCUGGCCGACAAAGUGGAGGGCCGGCAUGAAGACCCGCAGCCGCGUGGCGCGUCAGGCGGCCACACAGCAGCGGAGCACGCAGAGAGUGAGAGCCAGCGAGGGCCUUUGGGCGGAUUCAAUGGGAUCGGGCCCCUUGCGGGCAGUCGAGCCGAGGGCGGCGAUUGUCGUCUACGAUGCCGGACAGGGCCGAUACCCUGACAGGCCGACACGCUGACAGGCCAGGCGGCGAAAGCCCCGCAGAGGAGCAACAAACGGCGCCGCCGUAGGGGUCAAAACUAACCCGAUCUUCACGCGGUGGAUAAUCCGGGCGGCCUUCGUUCGUGGGUUUCGCCGCCGGCCUGCCCGCCCCGCGGCGCUUCGGUUUUUCUGUGGCGCGCGGGUGUUGGGCGGCGCUGCCCGUAUGCCAUGCGAUGCGCCGACCCCUGGCCCAGCCGCGUGCAUUGCGCGGGCCCAAAACUGGAAACGGUAGGCCCAGUGUAGUUGUUGGAUGGGUAGCGCGGUGCUGUCGUGAGUGUGUCACUUCCUUCAAAUAACAGAGCGAGGCGGGAAAAUGGAAAACGAAAACACGGCCGGCAAAACGCGGCGCGCCUCAUUGUGGCCAUCUGCAACGCAUCAGCGGCGGAAUUGCCGGAGGGGCUGCAGCCCUGGCCGCGAUGUCGCCAAGACAUCUGAUCUGGCGGACGCAAAACGGGCCAAGCGGGCCAAAAAUUCGCGCAGUGCGCCCCCCAAUAGCAGCGCCAGCAGCGCGUCUGCGUCCGUGGGGCCCUCCGGGCUUGUCACUGAGAUCCUCGCGUCCCCAGUGAAGCAGCGCAAGACCCCGGAACCGCCCCCCGUGGCUUGUGGGGCUCAUGCGCCCCGCUUGUUCCGCCCUGGCGACUUCGGGGCCACGGCGCGCCGCUGCCGGGACCCCCUAGGUUCCCUUGGGGCUGCGGGUUGCGCCGCCCCCCCCCAGCGAGAGUUCUGGGCGAAGCUCAAGCCCCCGGAGCUUGCCGACGCGGCCGAGCUCGGCGAACAACUCACCGCGUGGAGAACGUUGGGCGGCACCUGCGCAAGCUGAUGAGGGAGCGCGGCGCGACAAUUCGGAAAUGGGCCCCCGACUGGAUCCCGCGGGUGGGGUGGGCAUGCCGCACGCG